AUGCUCAAUGCAGUUCUCGACGGUCGUCGCGUGCUAUCGGCUGAAGAGAGGACCUUCUCCCACAAGGUCAGGUCCAUGUACAAAUAUGGCGAUGAAAGAGCCGCGGAUUGGAACAUACCCAUGGAGCGAGAAGAGACUCCCGAGCCACCAGCAGGCGUGUCUCGCUCGCUCACAAACCCCCGUCGCAGACCCGUUACAAGUCGAAGCGCGAGGCCUCAAGAUCCUCACGAUAGAUUCAGCUUCAUCCAAAACGAGCACGAGUGCGCUGGUGGUGUUGAGGAUUGGGAAGAUCUGUCUGGCAAGGACGUUGAUCGUUAUGGCUUCAUCAACCCGACCAAAUUUAUUUCGACGGAAGGCCCACAGAACGGAUCUGUGAAGCCUAGUUUACAGCGCGUCACCACAUCUCUACAACUUUUAUCCAGCAGUCCGCGCCGGCGCAGAGGCUUGAUUAGAGGUCCCUCCACUGCCAGAUCUUCGCGCUCUCUCCCACCUCCUACUCGCACAAAUACCCGCACCACCGUCGCUUCCUCUCCUUCUGGCCACGCUGCCUCCAUCUACUCGUUCCAAUCAGGUCACUCACAACAUCGUUCCCACAACCCUUUCCGCUCACGCGAUCGCAAACUACUCGAUGAGGCGAGCGAUAUGCUCACACUACCCGCAUGCCUCGACAACCUCGCCGAAGAAGAUGCCCACGAGAACUUCCUGAGGAGGCGUGAAAUCCAGCGCGAAGAGAAGUGGCGUAAGAUGGCUCGUUUGAUGCCUCAAGGCUUGAGAGGUGGCGGCAUGAACUUCGAUUUUGAUGUCACAGAUCCGAAGCUUGUAGCGCGUACUUGGAAGGGCGUACCUGACAAGUGGCGUGCCACUGCAUGGCAUGCUUUCCUGUCUGCCUCGGCUAAGCGUCGAGGAGGCUGUCAAACCGAUGAUGAACUUAUUGAAAUCUUCCACGAAUUGCAAGAAGAAAGCUCUGCCGAUGAUGUGCAGAUUGAUGUUGAUGUUCCCAGAACAAUCAGUAUGCACAUCAUGUUCCGUCGCAGGUACCGAGGAGGCCAGCGCUUGUUGUUCCGUGUCCUGCACGCCAUCUCAGUACAUUUCCCAUCUACCGGAUACGUUCAAGGCAUGGCUUCUCUAGCCGCAACUCUUCUCUGCUACUACGAUGAAGAACACACCUUCAUCAUGCUCGUCCGCAUGUGGGAACUGCGCGGUCUCAAAGUCCUCUACGAACACGGUUUCUCAGGCCUCAUGACGACCCUCAAAGAGUUUGAAAACGACUGGCUUGCCAACGACCCAGACCUCAAGGCCAAACUCGACGACUUCGGCAUCGAUGCCAUGACCUACGGUACAAAAUGGUACCUCACCCUAUUCAACCUCAGCAUGCCUUUUCCAGCACAACUACGCGUCUGGGACGUAUUUAUGUUGUUGGGUGAUGCGGAUUUCCCUGGCAACCCUCCACCUACUCGCGAAAGCAAAGCUACCUUUGACGGGGCCGAUUUGAGUGUUCUACAUGCGACUAGUGCGGCGCUUGUGGAUGCUACUAAAUCACUCAUCGUCGACGGCGACUUCGAAAAUGCAAUGAAGGUGCUCACUAGCUGGGUGCCUGUGAGAGAUGAAGACAUGCUCAUGCGUGUCGCAAAAGCGGAGUGGAAGAUUCAUAUGAAGAAUCGAAGACAUGCCUCUUCUUGA